AUGAACGGGGUUGGAACGAGGCAAGUGUACGGCUACGAGCCGGAGGACUAUGCGCCUCUUCCGGCCAUCGAGCCAAGCGGGAGACACAUGGUGGAAGGAUAUCGUCAAGAAGUCAUGGACGGAUUCCAGGGAGACAAGCCGCUAUACAACCCGUUGAACCCGGAACGGCCGCAGAGUUCGGCCCUCGUGGAUUUGAAGGAUUCAGUUCAGGUCCAUCUGCUCACAGAGACCGCGCUAGCGGAUAGCAAGGAGUUCGAGAUCCUGUCACAGGAAGAGAUCGAUCACCUCAAGAAACAGUGUGUGUCACUGCAGCAGCGAAUCGAACAGACGAGGGCGAACCUGGCUAUCCAAUCGAAGUAUCGCGAUGCUGCUCAUUCAAUGGCCAAGCUCUACUCUCCCCGCCAGUCCACCAACCGACACAGUCUCCUAGGCCAUUUGCAUAGCGGCAGUCAAGACGCGAAGGAGGCAGAGGCAGAAAGCCAAGCAUGUGAACGGAGAUGUGAAGAGCUGGCGUCGGAGCUCUUCCGACUGGAGAAGCGCAUCAUGGAGCCGCAACGCAAGAUAUUACAACACACAGCUGGUAUCUUGCAGUUAACCCACAAGGCGUCGCGGAAACCGGUCCCCCCUCACCAAAUGAACGGCAUUCCCGGUAGUCCGGAGAGUCUGUACACAUACUCAAACGGUCGUAAUAGUAUGGAACCUGUCAUUGAGGACAUGCAGAUUGAUGAUAGGAGCCUCUAUUUCCCAAUCGAUCAGGAUCGUCAAAGGAAUGCUAUCGAAAUUCCAGUCAAGUCACCUAUUCGAAAGGAGACGAAGGAAUUGCGAGAGGAGGCCGACCGCUUGAGGGACGAGAUAGGACAGCUACGGGCUAGCAACGACUCUGCCAACCUUGAGCUGGAAGCGUUGCAGCGCGAGAGCUCUUCACAGCUCAGGGUCAUCACAGAGACGGAGAAGAGGAUGGCAGGCCUGAACCAGCAACUUCGAGAUGUCAUCGUCAAAUUCAAUCCCGCUCAGAAUCAGGGCUACGCAAACCCCCCUUCCGGUCGCUCCGGCUCUGGCGAGCUCCUGAGCAGUCACUUGAGAUAUCUUGAUGAGGGUCUGGCUGCUGUGCAAGGGUUCCAGGCCCAGGCCUCCUUUGGCAAUGCAUCCGACAGGCUCGCCAAUAUCAACCUGGACCUCCGCAACAUACUACGGAAUGCCAACCUCCCUUCGCCCCCUGAUGCAUCGCAAGCUGACAUGGAUCAACAACUUGAUUGGCUUCAAAACUCAUUACGCGCCAUUGAUUACGAGGUGUCCAACGCUAGUUCGUCCGCAUCUCAGAAGCAGGAUAUGGACCAGGUCGAGAAUGUCUUGACCGGCCUGUGGGAAGUCAUCCAGUCUGGCUUUGCGAGCAUUCAAAAGGAGAAGGAGGACCGUAGAGAAAAGCGAAUGCAAAUGGGCUUACCUGCAGAUGAUGACGACAUGUCCGGGGACGAGUCUGUCGAUACCGAUGGGCCUUACUCCAUUCAGGCAUUCUCGACCAAGGUCCGGUGGCUGUACACCCAGACCACAAAGCUUAAAGAGCAGAAGUCGGUGCUGAAGCGCCAGAUCAAGCAACAACGCGAACUGAACAACAAGUCUGACGCAGAGAAGGAUCGUGAACUGCAGCAGAAGGCAGACGAGCUGGUCGAGACGCAAGCUCUUCUCGCCAAAGCAGAAAUGGACGCGGUUAACGCUCAAGAGAAGCUGGCCGACGCCCUCAAUAAUCUCGAGUCGACACGCGAGGCCAGCUCUGCCAGCGAGGCCAAAGCCCUACAGCAGGCGGAAGAGCAGCUCAAGGAGCGCAACGCCAAGAUCGCGACGCUCGAGAAGACCAGCAAGGAUCUUCAAGCCCAGCUCGCAGGCGUCGAGUCCGAUGUCGCGAGCCUCACGACCCAGCUCGACGAGGUGUCGGAAGCUAAGAAGUCGGCCGAGGCAGAGGCCGAGAAGCUCUCCACUGAGGCAAAGGCAAAGGACGCCGAGCUCGAAGAUCUCAACGUGCAGCUUGUCGCGCUCAAGACAGAGGCCACCAUCGCCAGGGCGGAGCUGGAGGGUGCCUACGGCUCUCGGGCCCAGCGCGCCGCCGACGUAGCGGCGCUGGCCAAGUCUUCCCAGAACCAGGAGCUGCAGGGACAGGUCGACAAGCUGCGCACCGAGCUCGCGAGCACGCUCAAGGAAUUCGAAAGCCUGACCAAGGACACCAUCUCAGCGGAGCGCGAAAAGCUCGAGCUCGAGGGCAAGCUGGACGACGCGCUCGCCGCCCGGUCAUCAAUCGAGUCCGAGGCGCGCGAGGUGCGGGAGAAGCUCGAGGCCGAGGUAGCGCGUCUCAAGGAGGAGCUCGACGGCGAGAAGCUCAAGGUGCCGCCGCCAUCACCGACCGGCUCGUCGAGGGCCGGCGCGACGAUGCUCAGCGAGCAGUUCAGGGCCACGAUGAAGGAGGAGAGGAAGAAGUUCCAGGAAGAGCUCAGGACCGAGCAAAUGGCAAGGAGGAAACUCGAGGACGAAAUUAGGGCACUCAAGCGAGCGGCGGGCCCAGGCAAGAGUCCGCUUAGCCCACGAUCGUAA